UAGUUAUACCUGGACUUGUACACACAGUGAGAGAGCCUCAUCGUCUCGUCUUGCAACUUACCUAAUUUGGCAAAUUCAAUCAGACUGCCGUCAAGCAUCGCUUGAUUACCACAACUCAUACAUACAUUGCUUAGUCUUCUUCGUAGUCAUAUACUUCUGGGAUGGGAAUUGUGGAUGCAUUAAUUCCAGAAACAAUAGCAGAUGCAGAAAAUUUGAACGUCAAUGGUAGCGAUGUGGAGGAUAUUGGGCAACGUGUUGAUGAUAUGUUCAUGAAGGUUGAUCAGCUUGAGCAAACACUUAACAAAGUAGAGCAAUUUUACUCAAGUAAAAAGCAACUACAUACUUCUAAAGGUAGUUCAAUUCCGAAGGAAAAGGACAAGGAUAAGCAUCUCGCUAGCUUCAGAAAGAGGCAACUGGAUGCAUCGCGUAGGGAGUCAGCUGCCACUAAGAGAAUGCAAGAGCUUAUGCGCCAGUUUGGCACAAUUAUAAGACAGAUUACUCAGCACAAAUGGGCAGGGCCAUUUAUGCAACCUGUAGAUGUUGUAGGUCUUGGUUUGCACGACUACUAUGAUGUGAUUGAAAAGCCGAUGGACUUCAGUACAAUCAAAAACAAAAUGGAGGCUAAGGAUUGCAGUGUAUAUAAAAGCGUCAGAGAAAUAUAUGCAGAUGUGAGAUUGAUAUUUAAGAAUGCAAUGAAAUAUAAUGAUGAAAGGGAGGAUGUUCACGUAAUGGCAAAAACUUUGCUGGGAAAAGUUGAUGAGAAAUGGUUGCAACUUUUGCCAAAAGUAGAUGAAGAGGAGAAAAAUCGAAAAGAGGAAGAAGCAGAGGCUCAGAUAGAUAUGCAGCUAGCUCAGGAAGCUACUCAUGCCAGGAUCUCAAAGGAUCUAAACAUUGAGCUGGAAAAGGUUGAUAGGGAUCUGGAAGAACUAAGAGAUAUGGUGCUUCAAAAGUGCAGGAGAAUGUCAACUGAAGAGAAAAAGAAGCUCAGUACAGCUCUGACAAGUUUAUCACCUGAAGAUCUUGACAAUGCACUACUAAUUGUUUCGCAUGAUUACCCAAACUUCCAUGCAACUAGUCGAGAGGUGGACCUUGACAUUGAUUCCCUGAGUGAGUCCACAUUAUUGAAAUUAAAGUUUUUCGUGAAGGGUGCUAUGCAGUUUCACGGUAAGAGUUCAGCAAGCAUGGGCGGCAACAACUCCCACCAAAACAACAAUAACAAACGGAAGAUAUAUGAUGCUCUUGCCAAGUCAUCCCAAAAAAGAAGCAAGAAAUGAACACAUAGUUCAUGAUGAUAGGAUUUAUGAACCUCAUAUACUUUAUAGUUGCAACUCCUCCUGAGGAUUUGGUUGUGUCAGUUUCAGCAAAUUGGUUUCUCAUAUUGGCAGAAAUACAGGUUUGAGGCAGAAUCUAGUUUCUACAUGUUGGAUUAUAUAAUCUGAUUCGUAGUUAAUCUGCCCCGACUCUUGUUGUAUAAUUGUGAUAUAACUUUCAGUCUUUCACCAUGAUAUACGAACAUUAGAUGAUGGGAUCUUCUUAUACAA